CGUUUUCGUUCAUUUCGUUCAUAAAGAAAGAUUCAUCUUUUUGUUAAAUACCAUUACCAACAUUUUUUAAACAACAAAAAUGCCAAAUUGGGUAAAAUAAUGAGAAAAAGACCAAAGGCAUAUUUAUAUGUGGAUUUCAACAAGUUCACGUUCAUAUAUUUUGAAGUGAAAAAGAGCGCAAAACCUAUGAUAAUAUUUGAUAUGAAAUGAAACAUUUACCAGUGUUGUCUUUUGUUAGAAGAUGGAGUUCAUGGGCUUUAGCUAUUAAAAAAGCUUCUUCUUCUUCUUCUUCACCAACAAAAGCUAUGCAUCUUUUUUCCAAAAUGCAUCGCAAUGGAGUUCCUAUUGACACUUUCUGCGUUCUUUUCACCUUAAAAUCAUCCACCCAUUUACAAAGUUUACCCAUCAUUCAUCAUCUUCAUGCCCAAAUCAUCAAACUCGGUUUCACUUCUCAAGUUCAUGUGGCAACUUGUCUUUUAAAUGCUUAUGUUCUUCUCUCUUUUAUUGAUGCAUGUAUCUUGUUCGACGAAAUGCCACAAAAGAAUAUUGUUACUUGGAACACUAUGAUUUUUGGGUAUUCAAGAUCGGGUGAUAUUAAUAAAGCACGUGAGUUAUUCGAGAAAAUGCCGGAUAGAGAUACUGUUUCGUGGUCUUCGAUUAUUUCGGCUUAUACUAAUGUUGGAAGUUAUAUGUCAAGUUUGUACCUUUUUAGACGAAUGCUGUUUGUUGAAGGAACAAAACCAGAUCAGGUAACUGCUGGUGCGGUUUUAUCAGGUUGUGCUCACAUGGGGUGUGUUGGAUUGUUGGCUGGGAAAUCGGUUCAUGGUUACGUAGUGAAAAAUGGGUGGGAGUUGAAUGUGGAGAUAGGUGCUGCUUUGGUUAAUAUGUAUGCUAAAGGUGGUGUUUUGAGGAAUGCUGCAAUGGUUUUUGAGUUGAUGGGUGAAAGAGAUGUUAGGUCUUGGACGUUUAUGAUUUGUGGAGCUGCACGAUGUGGCUUUAAUAGAGAAGCGUUGGUUGUGUUUGAGAAGAUGCAAAUGGAUGGAAUCAAACCCGAUGAAUUGACUUUCACUGGAGUGCUUACUGCUUGUGCUCAUGGUGGGUUUGUUGAGGAGGGAAGAAGGUAUUUCAAGAUGAUUGAGGAAUGUGGUUUGGAACCAAGAGUUCAACAUUAUUCAUGCUUGGUUUAUUUGAUUGGGAAAAGUGGGAUGCUCGAGGAAGCUUAUGAGAUUAUCAAAACAAUGAGAGUGGAACCAACUGUUGUUGUCUUGGGUUCCUUCUUGUCAGCUUGUAAGGAGCAUAGGCAAUUCGAGAUUGCUGAGAGGGUGAUUGAGCAGGUCCUGAGGAUGGCAAAUCCUAAAAAUGAUGGCGGACUUUAUAGCCUUAUGGCUGAUUUGUAUGUCAUAGGUGGGAAAUUUGAAGAGGCUGAAAGGUUGAAGAAAUUGAUGCUUAAUGAACAGUUGAGACAGGCAAAGGAGUUAAAUUUAGACACAAAAAAUGGAUUAAGCGAUAGUUUGGAACUGGGGUGGGUGCGUUCAUUCCCGUGUCCCAUGGCAGAAGCUACAACUACAAGCUUCUGGUGAAACGUGUGUUCAACCAAUUUAAACGUGGGUGCAGAGAUACUAUAAGAUAAUCUUAUCAUAUUUAUAUUCUUUCAUUUACAAAUCACAGUUCUUUUAUUGAUAUUGACGGCAUAUUAGGAGCUACGGCAAAAUCAGUUAUAAGCCUAUUCUUUUUAUGCUUGUAUAUUGUAAUAAUUUCAUUUACAAUCUUUUAGAUGGAAGGAAUAUUAUAGAGAAUUGAGUUCAGACACCCAAACUCUAUCAAUGUUCUAUAAGUUUUGAUCCAGAAGUGUAUGACAAAUCUGAGGGCUGGCAGCCUGGCACUGCAUAAUGAGUUCAAACAGCUGAUGUGUUCCAAUUUUUACAAGAGCAGCAUUUGUAUUGUAUGAUUAUGAAUUUAUGAUUAUAACUUGUUCUCUAGGUGAUUAGGUAGUUGCCUUGCUGAAUCUGUGACUAGUCGGAUGAGUAGAAAAUGCAUUGUUUAAUCAAAUAAAACAAUAAAAAAAUCCCACCCCAAGCUGGGUAUACAUCUAAACCUGGGUAACUUCUCCAAGAGAGGAAUCUUGAAACUCAACUCUUAAUUGCAUGAACAUUUCAUAAUCCUAUAUAUAUUGUAUUAUAGAAUAUUACAAUCUUUCAUCACCAGAUCGUUGUUGAAAAGAAUAUCCAAAUACCAAAUUCGUGACUAGGGUAGACAUUAAAUUACCUAGCUUAAUUUUAUCAUUUAUUAUGUGUAUACUUUGUGGUACUCAUCAUAAUUUUUUAAAAGUUGUAUUUUGUUAGAGUAAAAAAUAGUAGAUUGCAGUCCCCAUGAACUUCGUUCAGUUGGUAGGGACAUU